AUGACCACAAUCAUCGCUACUGCCCUGUGCCACACUGAUAUCCAUGCAAUCGACCCAGAGUUUAAGGAGUGUGUUUACCCAGUGAUUCUUGGCCAUGAGGGUGCAGGAAUUGUGGAAAGUGUUGGACCAGGAGUAACCGACUUCAAACAAGGUGACAAAGUAAUUCCUCUCUACACACCACAGUGCAGAAAAUGCAAGUUUUGUCUGAGUCCACAAACAAAUUUCUGUGCGAAGCUGAGUAAAGUCAAAAGUGCAUUGGCUGAUCAACAAAUAAUGGAUGACAAAACCAGCCGGUUUACCUGCAGAGGAAAACCAGUCUACCCUUUUAUGGGAGUCAGCACCUUUUCUCAGUAUACCGUAGUGUCAGACGUCAAUCUUGCCAAAAUUGAUGAUGAUGCAAACUUAGAGAGAGUUUGUCUACUUGGAUGUGGGUUUUCAACAGGCUAUGGAGCUGUUAUAAACAAUGCCAAGGUUACCCCAGGCUCUUCCUGUGCUGUCUUUGGCCUAGGAUGUGUUGGUCUUUCUGCCAUAAUGGGUUGUAAAGAAGCAGGAGCUUCCAGAAUCAUAGCGAUUGACAUCAACAGUGAGAAGUUCACAAAGGCCAAAGCCCUUGGAGCCACUGAGUGCCUCAACCCUAGAAAGCUAGAUAAGCCCAUUCAGCAGGUAAUUACUGAAAUGAUGGAUGGAGGUGUGGACUUCGCCUUUGACUGUGCAGGUGGAUCUGAAGUCAUGAAAGCAGCACUGGACUGCACAACAGUAGGAUGGGGAUCAUGUACUGUGAUUGGAGUAGCCAUGGGUGACAAAGGAUUGAAUCUGUCUCCAAUGGAGCUAAUCUUGGGCCGUACUAUUAAUGGAUCAUUCUUUGGUGGUUGGAAGAGUAGAGACUCUAUUCCAAAGCUGGUUAUUGACCACAAGAAUAAGAAAUUUGAUUUGGAUGCACUGGUGACCCAUACCUUGCCUUUUGACAAAAUCAGUAUGGCAUUUGACCUACUACAACAAGGAAAAAGGGCCGUGUGGGGUCGGGUGAGGGGUGCUGGGGAUAGGGAGCAGCCACGGUUGAGUGGAGGAACAUUGUGGGGCUGGAACGUGUGUCCUGUGAAUUCCUUUGUAAUUCAUCGCAGAAACAUUGUGAAACCCUUUAAAGCACUUUAA